AUGUCAUCAAUGAGAGACACUCGUAGAACAGUUAAAGAUGCUGUUAAAAAUACUACAUCACGUUCAAUUCGUCUAGCACCAUUUCGCUCAAUGAAAGAAUUUAUUGGUGGCGACAAGUGGAAUAUUCCACCAGAUUUUCAAAAUUUAAAUGCACUCCAAAAACAAAUUUUACAAAAUUUAGUUUAUUAUCAAACGAAUUAUUUGGCAGUUCUUGCUUCCGUAUUUAUUCUCGUAGCAUUAUAUAAGCCAGCUGCUAUUAUCUUCGGUUUAUUAGUAACAGCAAUCGUAUUGGGUGCUUUUGUUUAUCUAAGUAAACAUGGAGGAGCAUUAAACUCGUUAAAAGCAAAUCGACCAUUGGUAAUGUUGGCUGGUAUUCUGAUAUUGUCAUUUUUUAUUAUCAAAUUUUUCGGUACAAUAUUUGCAUUUCUAUUUGGAAUUGUUCUUCCAAUUACAGGCAUUGUUGCUCAUGCAGCAGUACGUGGUGCUACAUUUCAAAAUAAAAUUGCCAAUACGGUCGAAUCACUGGGAUUGCAGGAGACCCCUAUCGGUUGGGUAUUACACUCUUUGGGUGCAGAUGAAUCCCUUAUAGCUCAUUAA